AUCGACAGCCCAUCAAGCACUCGCCCCAGCCUGUCAAUUGGCCUUCUAGACGAUCCGCGGUCAAUUGAAGCUUCCUCCGGUGCAAGGUCCCUUUCACCCCCUUCAUCUUCCAUAAUGCUCUCCCGCGCGGCAAGGCCAGCUCUGCGAGCUGCUGUUGCGGCUCCUCGCGUCGCCGCGAGCACCCCCAGCACCGCCGCCACCUAUGCCACUCUUCGUGAGAUCGAGGGCCGUCUCAAGUCCAUUCGCAACAUCGAGAAGAUCACCAACACGAUGAAGAUUGUUGCUUCCACCAAGCUCACUCGCGCCCAGCGCUCCAUGAACGACUCCCGUGCCUACGGUGAGACCUCCAACCAGGUUUUCGAGUCGGCCGAGACCAAGCCCACCGAGGGUGAGGGCAAGAAGGAGCUCAUCGUCGUCUGCUCCUCCGACAAGGGUCUCUGUGGUGGUAUUCACUCUGGUCUGUCCCGUUACAUCCGCCGCACCACUCCCGACGCUGGCCCCUUCGACAUGGUCAUCAUCGGCGAGAAGUGCAGGUCCCAGCUCCAGCGCACCAACGGCAAGAACAUCGUUCUCAACUUCGCCGGUGUUGGCAAGGACGUUCCUACUUUCGGUGACGCCGCCGCCAUUGCCGACCAGAUCGUCCAGCUCCCCACCGAGUACUCGAACGUCAAGAUUGUCUACAACAAGUUCAUUAACGCUCAGAGCUACGAGCCCGCUACCAUUGAUGCCUUUGACGUCGAGGCCAUCACUGCCUCCGCCAACUUCUCCUCCUUCGAGGUUGACGAGGAGCUUCUCCCCAACCUCCGCGAGUACGCCCUUGCCAACUCCCUCUUCUGGGCUCUGGCCGAGGGCCACGCCUGCGAGCAGUCCGCCCGUCGCAACGCCAUGGACAAUGCUUCCAAGAACGCCGGCGAGAUGAUCAGCAAGUUCCAGAUUCUCUACAACCGUACUCGCCAAGCCGUCAUUACGGGCGAGCUGGUUGAGAUUAUCACUGGUGCGACGGCCUCGGAGGACAUGUAAUCUGCGAAAUGCAUCGCGUCGGAGAAUACCAUACCUCUUCCCUUUGUAUCAAGCUCUCGAACGAUGGCCACCCAUGCCUCGGUGUACCAAAGCCUUCCCAAUAAACCCUUGACCUAGAGAUGAGACGGUCACGUUUGAAAACAAAAA